CCUAAAAUAUUAGGAGGCUUGUUUUUCAAAUAUGGUCCAAGAGGACCAUAGUUGGAAAUAAUAAAAAUAACCCAUUUUAUUGUUUGUUCUUGUGGCUGAUUCAUGACACAUUUUGCUCUGGGGACUUUUUAGUAAGGUAGGACUUGUCACAGACAGUUGCUUUCUUUAAAAGGCACUAAACUAGUCUUCACUGUGAUGAUAUAGUUAGUAAUUCUUGAAGUAAAUUAUGACACAGAAUAAUUAGUUCUGGAGUUAAUAGUAUUACUUGUUGAUAUACAUGAUCUCUCUGUAGGUCCCUUCCAAAUCCCCUCCGUCAACUGGCAACAGAAUCCGGACAACUUCAUUUACAGAUCAGAAUCAUGAAAGCACUGUGACGCCAGACAAAGAGCUGUUAGCUGGGAUGAUAGCAGAACCUGCUUUUCUGUCUGAGUAUACUAUCUUUGCUUUGGAUCCCACCAAACAACCUAAGCCACAGAAUGACGGUGUGAACUUGAACAAACAGCCACUUCCUGGAUCCACAGAAAACAAUGGAAGUGAACCUGUCUCUCCACAGCAAAGUGACAGUCAGUCUUUUGCCCAGAAGCUUCAGCUUCGAGUUCCCUCCAUGGAGUCUUUAUUUCGAAGCCCAGUAAAAGAGACCCUAUUUCGCUCUUCUUCUAAAGAGUCCCUAGUCCGAAGUUCUUCAAGAGACUCACUGAACCGACUAGACUUGGAAGCCUUCAGUCCCACCUUUGAUUCACCUUCUGACAUUGAAAGCGAAACUGAAGAGCCUCUUGGAAAUACGGACACCUUCAGCAAAGAGCAGCUGCUGCAGCGUCUGCGCAGAAUGGAGCGCAGUUUAGGCAACUAUAGGGGAAAAUAUUCAGAGCUAGUGUCUGCUUAUCAAGUUAUCCAGCGGGAAAAGAAGAAGCUACAGAGCAUUCUGAGUCAAAGCCAGGAUAAAGCACUUCGCAGAAUUGGAGAACUGAGAGAGGAGCUCCAGAUGGAUCAACAAGCUAAGAAACAUCUCCAAGAGGAAUUUGAUGCUUCCUUAGAAGAAAAGGAUCAACUAAUUAGUGUCCUGCAAACUCAGGUGUCGUUGCUGAAACAGAGGUUACAGAAUGGUCAGAUGGGCACUGAAUUGCCUGAUCAAAAUGUCCAAUCAGAACCAGAAGUUCAAAGUCCAAUGAAAGAAGUCAGUGCAGAAAGUAUUGUGGAACCAGGAAGUAAUGAGGGUGAUGAAGAUUCUGUUAAAACACUGGAAACUCUUAAUCAGAGGGUGAAGCGCCAAGAGAACUUGCUGCAACGUUGUAAGGCGACUAUUCGGUCACAUAAGGAGCGCUGUGCCCAAUUAACCAAUGAGAAAGAGGCACUUCAAGAACAGCUGGAAGAGAGGCUUCAGGAGCUGGAAAAAAUGAAGGACCUUCACAUGGCUGAGAAGACUAAACUGAUUACACAGCUACGUGAUGCAAAGAAUUUGAUUGAGCAGCUAGAACAAGACAAGGGCAUGGUAAUUGCAGAGACAAAGCGGCAAAUGCAUGAAACACUGGAAAUGAAGGAGGAGGAGGUAGCCCAACUGCGUGCUCGAAUCAAACAAAUAACUACAAAAGGCGAGGAAUUAAAAGAGCAGAAAGAAAAAUCUGAAAGAGCUGCUUUUGAAGAGCUUGAGAAGGCUGUAAGUAUUGCCCAAAAGACAGAGGAAGCCCGGAAAAAACUGCAAAUAGAAAUGGAUGAAAAAAUUAAAGCAGUAGAAAAGGCAAGUGAGGAAGAGAGAGUAAAUCUUCAGCGGGAAUUAACCAGAGUGAAACAAGAGGUGGUUGAGAUUAUGAAGAAAUCUUCAGAGGAACGAGUUGCUGAACUAGAAAAAAUACAUAAAAAAGAACUAGAUGCCAAAGAUCAGGAGCUAAAUGAGAGAUUACAGGCUCAAGAAAAGGUAUUCCAGGAGAAGAUGAAGGCAGCUCUUGAAAAAAGUCAGAGUGAGUGCUCAAAAGUCCUUCAAGAGCAAAAGCAGCAAGAAUCCCUAGCUUUAGAAGAAUUAGAGCUGCAGAAGAAAGCCAUACAGUCUGAGUGUGACAAGAAAUUUGAGAAGAUGUAUCAAGAAGUAGAGACUUGUAGAACUAGGAUUCUUGAACUGGAAAGCUCUCUUGCAAAGUAUUUGCAAGAUGACAGAAGGCAGUCAGAGGAAUUAAAUACUCUUCUAGAGUGUGAAAAAAACCAGCACAGUAAGGAGAUAAAUGAUAUGGUUGAAAAGCACAAUAAAGAACUGGAGAAUGUGAAACAGCAACAAGAAAAAUUUUGGAUAGAAAAACUUGAAAUUUUAAAGCAACAACAAAUAACUGAAAUAGAAAAAAUAAGAGAGAAACAACAACAAGAGAUACAAACCAUUUUGGAAGAGAAAGAAACAAUUUUCUGUGCACACAUAGAAGAGAUGAAUGAAAAAACAUUAAAAAAACUUGAUGUGAAACAAACGGAAUUAGAAGCAUUGUCUUCUGAGCUAUCAGAAGCAUUAAAAAUACGUCAAGAUUUAGAGCAAGAGCUCUCAGAAUUAAAUAGUAAAAUGUGUGAAGCUAAGCAAGACUUGAAAGGGAAGUUGGAAGAAGAGAGGAAACGGCACAAUAAAGUAAUUGAAACAAUGUUAAAAGAGCAUGAAAUGUCUAUUCAAGGUGUUGAGAAGGUACUCAAAGAGGAACUCAACAAGCUCAAACAGUCACUGGAGGAGAAGGACAGACUUUUGGAGGAGUUAAGAGCACAUGAACGGAAAAUGAAGGAAUCUGCAGAAAGAUCUGAAGCUGAACUUGUCCAAGUGUCUGCAAAGCUAGAGGAGCAAAGCAUUGAAGAUACGAAGAAAGUAACCACUCUAACACAGCAAUAUGAAUGUCAACUGAAGGACCUACAAAGAAAGGCUGAUGAGAUGAAGAGAAGUCUGACUGAGAAGGAAAAUGAAAUGGAGCAUGUGAAGAAGUUACAGAACGAGCAAGUGGAAGAGCUUAAACAGAAACUAUUAGCUGCAGAGGAAAGAAUUAGUUCUUUACAAGAAGAGUAUGAAAGUAAACUGAAAUAUCAGGAGAAGAAAGUUGAGAAAAUGAAACAGAAAUCAAAAGAUUUACAGGAAACUUUCAAAAAUAAACUUGCUGAGCAGGAAGCUAAACUAAAAAAAGAGCUUGAAAACAAGCAGCUGGAAUUCAGUCAGAAGUGGAGUGAAUUCCAUACUAAAAUUUUUGAAAUGGCGCAUGCCAGCUCAUCUGGAAUCAAUGAUGCAGUGUCAAAACUGGAAUCUAAUCAGGAAGAACAACUAGACAGUUUUGCUGAGGACCACAUAAGGAAAUUGGAAGAAGUAAUCCAGUGUUGGGAAAAGAAACUUAAUCAGCAGAUUGAAGAGCUCAAGGAACAACAUGCAAUGGAACUGCAAGAGAAAGAGCAGGAAGCUGGAGACCUGAGACAGAAGCUUUUAAUCUUCAGUGCUGAAAAGGAGGACUCCAGAACAGAAAUAAUACAACUGAAGGAAGAACGAGUGAAAAUGGAGGAAUGCCUGAAGGAAUUGCAAGAACAGCUAAGGCAGUCAGUGGCUAAAGUGAAUACUUUGUCAGAUAAGGAAAGUGAUAUGAAAACACAGUUGAAAAAAUUGGAAAGUGAUCUUAAACAGUCCCUGAAACAGCAGACAGGACUUCAGGAAGAACUCAGUAAACAGAAAGCAGUUGAAGAGAAGGACAAAGCCAGAAUUACUGAGCUGGCUGAUACACUGAGAGCCGUUGAAGAAAAACUCCAAACUCUGCAAUCUUUUCAGUAUAAAGAUCAUGAAAAUUAUGACAAAAAAUUAGAAACAAUUCAGCUAAAAGAAACAGAGUUUAAAAGGUUGUCAGGAGAACUUACAGCCCAGUUAGAUGCUUGGAAGAAUGCUGAAGCUUCAUUGCAAACUAAAGGCAAUGAAUUAAUUGAAAAAUGUAGUGGAAAAAUUGGCAUAAUAACAUGUAAAAUUGCAGACUGCGAGCGCCGAACUGCAAAGGUUAAAGAAGCAAUAUUAAUCAAAACAAGUAAGAUAAAUGAACUAGAAGCUCAACUUAGAGAAAUAACAGAGCAUCAUUCUUCUGUUAGUACUUCUUUGCAAAAGUCAAUGCAAGAACUGCAGAAGAAGGACAAUUUAAUUAUGUCCUUGAGAGCUGACAUCGCACGACUUGUAACAGAAAAUGAACAAUUGCAGAAAGAGGGAGGAUAUCAUCAGCAAGCAGCAUCAGAGAAAGAAACUUGCAUAACACAGCUGAGGAAAGAGUUAUCUGAAAAUAUCAAUGCUGUCACAUCAAUGAGGGAAGAACUCCAGGAAAAACAGUGUGAAGUGUCUGCUCUCAACAAAACAGUUACUGAUCUUAAUAUUAGACUUGAAAGCACAGUAAGUUUAACAGAGAAGGAAGCAGCCAUAUCUCUGUUAAGCAAACAACAUCAAGAGGAUCGGUUACAGUUGUUAAAUCAAGUAGAAGCGUUAUCAUCCAGAGUUGAGAUGCUGAGUCAAGAAAAAGCAUCAGCUCUUGAUCAGAUAGAUCAUUGCACGGCCCAGCUGUCAGAGUGGAAGAUGAAAGCGCAAACCAGGUUUACACAAAAUCAUGACACUAUCAAAGAUUUGCAGAGCAAACUUGAAUUAAGCAAUACUGAAGCCAAUAAAAAAGAUGAAGAGCUAAAUAAACUGAAGGAACAGCUGGCUAAACAAAACAGGAAUCUUGAUUGUUUAAAAAGUGAAUUGGAACAAAAGCAAAACAGGAGGGAAAAGGAAGAAAAUGAGUUAACCUCAAAGUUAGAAAAACAAGCAGCAAAAAUUGCUGAACUAGAAAAAGACCUUGCUCAGAAAACAUUAGAAAAUGAUUCCUUGUUGGAGGAACUUAAAAAGUGUAAUGAACAAAAAAACACAGAGAAAGAAGAAAUAACUUGUCAACUCCAUCAGGCAGAGAUGGUGGCUUGUGAAAAGGAUAAUAGAUAUAAGAAGGCUGAAGAAAAAGUGCUUAAUCUUGAGAAGCAGAUAGGUUCACUGAAAGCUGAUUUUGAAGCAAAGGAGAAGGAAUUUGAUCAAAUGAAGUCAGUGAUACUUAAAAGGAAAGAGGAAGAACUGAAAGAAUUAGAAGAGAGACUGAAUGCAGAGAACAGCACUAAGCUGGCUGAUCUGAAAAAGAAAGCAGAGCAAAAAAUACGUUGUGUUAAAAAGCAAUUACUGUCUCAGAUGGAUGAAAAGGAACAGCAAUUUAAGCAAGAUAGGGAGGAUCAGUUAAGAAAGUUGGAGCAGAAAGUACAGGAGAGAGAAGCCAAAAUUGAAUCCUUAGAAGAAAAAAUUAAGUCAACAAGAGAUUCCACAGAAUUAGAGAAGGAGAUGUUGGAAAAAGUAGAGAGUGUAAAAGCUGCUGUAGAACAAGAAAAAAAUAACUUACUUGAAAAUGUCCAACAGGCAUACGAAGAAAAAAUGCAGGUGUUACAGAAGGGCUUAACUGAAAAAGAUGCAUUAUUACAGAAGUAUGAGAAAGAACAAUGUGAGAGUAAUGACUGUCAUCUAGAACUGCAAAACAAACAGAAAGAACUCCUUAAAAAACUAGAAUGUGUUGAGAAGAGCCAUCACGAAGAGCAGGUUAGGACGAAAAGUCUCAGGAAAGAACUUGAGGAGCAAACAAAAAAAUAUUCAUUGUUAGCAGAUGAGCAUGCUUGUUGUGGCAGUGUUUUAGCAAGCAGUAGGGAAGAAUUGAAAGUUAAAGAACAAAAAAAUCUUGAUAUGGAGAAUAUAAUUGAAGACCUACAAAAAAAAAUGCAGGAAAAGGAGGCAAUCAGUCAAUCUUUAGAACUGAAGAUAAAAGAGUUAGAAAAUAAUGUAGUGAAGAAAAAUGAAAUGCUUAAGAUUGAGAUGGAAGAUAUGACUUUAAGAUAUGAAGAAAAGCUAAAAUGUCUACAGCAACAGUUGGGUGAAAGAAAUGACAGUCUGAAAACUUUUGAGGAAAAUGCUGAAGAAAAGUCCAGAUCUGUUUUGGAGCUGCAGAACUUACUAGUUGAUAUGCAGAACCAGAAGAAAGACUUAGAGACUAAACUGGAAGAGACUGAAGGAGAGAAACAGAAAUUACGCAAAGAGGUGAAUAAUCUUCAAAAAGACAUACGUACUCUGCGAAAGGAGCAUCAGCAAGAGCUUGACAUAGUAAAGAAGGAGUCAUUGGAGGAAAUGGAGCAAAAAAUCAGAUGUGAACAAGAAGACAUUGAGUUAAAGCACAACUCCACCUUAAAGAAGUUAAUAAGAGAGUUCAAUACUCAGCUGGCUCAAAAAGAGAGAGAAUUUGAAACAGCAGUAAAAGAGACAAUCAGUAAAGCCCAGGAGGUAGAAAACGAACUGAUAGAAAAUCAUCACAUAGAGACAACACAGUUGCAUAAAAAAAUUGUUGAAAAAGAUGAUGAUCUAAAAAGAACUGUGAAAAGAUAUGAAGAAAUCCUUGAGUCCCGUGAAGAAGAGAUGACAGCAAAAGUUCAUGAGUUGCAGGCACAGCUGGAAGACUUGCAGAAGGAAUACAAACAAAGGAUUGCUGAAGAAGAACAUUGCAACAGUGAAAAAGUCACAAUAACUGAACUAAAGGCACAACUUGCACAGAAGACAACACUAGUCAAUGAUUCAAAACUGAAGGAGCAGGAAUUGAAAGAGCAGAUCAAUGUACUGGAAGACCAGCUGAAACAUUAUGAGAAAAAUAUGUAUGUCACAUCAGUUGGAACACCGUAUAGAGAUGGAAACCUUCACCAUAAUGAUGUUUCCCUGUUUGAGGAACCCACUGAGAUUGAAUACUUGAGGAAAGUGCUCUUUGAAUAUAUGAUGGGUCGUGAGACAAAGACAAUGGCCAAGGUUAUAACAACAGUGCUGAAGUUCCCAGCAGAUCAGACUCAGAAGAUACUAGAACGAGAAGAUGCUCGAGCAGUGGUAAGUUAUUUUGCCUCACCUCGCAGUGGUAUCUUUUGAAUAUGCCACCAGUCUGUGCUUAGCUAGCAUGUGGGUGAGUGAAGUCUAAUACAUUCUUGUUUUAUUAAAUUGAAAUCUGUAUCAUGCAAUUAAUGAUUCUUCUGCUUUAUUUUCUUGUCUGCUUUCCAUUAAAGAGCAAAUUUUGGUUGUAUAUGCAUAUGAUAAUUUUUUUCCUCUUAAUCAUGUUUUGCUUUACAAAGCUGAGUUUGAAAAUGGUAAAUACUGAUUCAAAACUGAUCUUUUUGAGUGACCCUAACCCUAAGCAUAACUUCAAAUGUUGAUUGAACCACAAAAAUCUCAAUUGUAGAAAUAAAAUCAGAUUUUAAAUUAAUUAAUAUGUAAUAUUGAAUUUUAUUGCACUUGGGUUUGUUUUGUAUUUAUUUGUUUUCUAAGUUCCUUUUUUGAAUAGGCAGACAAAUCAGAUUUGUGGGACACAUGCUGUACUGCUGGAAAUUAAUUUUUACAUCUUGUAAAUACGAAAAUGCAUUAUCUUUUAAAAGAUUGAUGAAUAUUCUCUGCAGAGGGAUUAGGAUAUGAUUACAUUUAAACAUCAGUACCUUUCUGAAUCAUAGCUUUGGUUUGAUAUCAAGCAAUGCUAAAGCAGAGAUAUGACAGAACAAUUAGAGGAGCUUUAUGCUCUCAAUUUGUGUCUUCAAGUUUUGUUAAGCUACUUCAAUUAUGAAUCUGCAUUGCUAGUUGUAGCUUUGCAAGAACAGAACAGAUGAUGUAGGCAUGAAGGUGCAGGUUGCAUCCGACUAGCCUAGCUAGACAAGCAACACAUAUGCAGUAUCUGGUUGACAGAGGACUGGGCUAUGGAAGUACACAUGAAAAAACUUUCUUCACUGGCUGAUAAAGAUUAUUAUUUGAAUCACUAGUGGUGUAUAUGUAUGAUAUUUAAUAAACUCUGCAGAUUAAUUUUAUAGGAUAUGGUCAGUUUAACUUUUUUUUCCCCCUUUGCAACUGGAAAGCUUUGCACAGUUGCUAGGAAUUGAUUCAGUGCAUGUGAAGCAGUUGCUAUCUUCUGGCUGAAAUGCAUUUGUUGGCCUAAUGCAUCACUGCCAGAGCAAAAUUAAUUAACUUAGGCUAUUGGCAUUUACCAUUUACCACAGUGCAGUUGACAGGUUAUCGUCCUCUCCUGCUGUCAUGCAAACACAGCCUUCAACACAAAAUAAUAACCUCUUUAAAAGGAAAAAAAAUUAUUUCUCUAACAGUCAUGGUUUCUACUUUGUGUUUUUUCCAUCUUUGAAUAAAGUAAUGAAUGCACUUUAUUGCACUUAAAAUGCAAUAGAGUUUGGACUGUUUGCCAGCAGCCUUCAUCAGUUCUGACAAAAUCAGCCACUGUUUUCUCUAUCCCUUUGUUGAAAAGAAUUGAAUUGUAAAUACUGAUGGAACAAAGCCAUUUACAACACUAUUGCAGAACAGGUUGCAGAAGAUAUGUUUGAAACUUACGUUCUUGUCAUGCUGUCUAUAAUGCUGGUGUAAAAAAAUUCUGGUGUUCUGAGCUGCCUUUGAAGCAUAUCACAGAAAGGCUUGUUGAUAUUGACCUUAAUGUCAGAAAUUAUUGGUUACACUUUCAUAACAUCAGCUGAUGUAUAUGUAAACUGUUCAGACUUCAUUAUUAGAUUGUAGUUGCCUGCUUCAUCUCAAGUAUUCUUGUCACAUAUUCUUGCAGGUAUAUAACUUAGAAAUUAAGGGGGAUGCUGAUUUCAUUGUGAAGGUAAUUGAUAUUUUCCUGUAGAGGAGGCUAUGUGCUAGGUCCAAAAUUCUGCAUCAUCAUUUCACUUUUGAUGAUAAGCCUUAUGCAAGAGAGUCCAAAUUUGUUUUCCUUUGGAUUAAUAUACAGUGAUGUGGUAGACUAUUUCCAGUGAGACUGCUGACUGUUUUGCUACACUUUGUUUUUAUCAGUUUCUCAACUGUUCUGCAGAUACUUGAAUGGAGUUGCUUGUUCAAAUAAUUUGGCAGUUUAACUUAUUUGAAAUUCUUCUGUCUCAUAAUUGUAUUAAUAAAUAAUGCAAUUAUUUUAAUAUUAAGAGCUUCUAAGUUGUUUUUAAUAAUGUAACAUUUGAUAAUUUCUUUUAAAUUUCCUUUCUUCUAGUUCUGGCUACGACCAUCCUGAAGAUUUUGUCAUGAGAAUGUCUCAUGACAUGGCUGCUUACAAAUAAGUUUAUAUCUCUUGUUGCCCCUUGAGAAGGGACAAGAAAAAAAGCUGUAAUUCAAGGUCACAAACAGAAUAGCAAGAACCAAAACUCAGCACCACCUUUGGACUGUGAAUAUAAUCAACUGCCUUGGCAGAAAUGCUAAUCAGGGGUUAUUUGGUUAUUUCUCUUCUAUUGAAUACGGUCUUCUAUUUUGUGUUAAAGGUUAUUUUUUUAAAGGAAAGAAAAGAUUUUAUCCUAGGAAAGAAUUGCCUGCUACUGUAUCUCUAUUCAGGUUUUACUGGGUGUUUUCUAAAAUUGAAAUAAAUGAUUUGUUUCUUCUAUUUAUUUUUUUUAUUUUUGAUUGAAUUGUGCAAUACAUAUUGGAUGGAUAGCAACUGAGGUGAUUUUUUUCUGAUGAACUAAACACUCUUAUUGACUAUUCUUUCCUGAUGUGAUCUUGAUUGUUUGGUAGAGGGUCACUUCUAUAUGCUUUUGCCUACAAUAAAUCCAAAUUGCAGUACCUCGUUUGUUUACUCCUAGCUUUUGUACUUAUAUUUUCUGAAGAAAAAUGUGUGUUCCUGUAAAUUGUAAAUAGUUGCUACAUAACUGUAUCAUACGCUGAUCUGUAACUGUUGACAGCACUAAUAUGAAUAGAGCUGAGAAGAAAUAAAGUUUAUUUACUGUAUAAUUUUGGAA